CGUGAAAUGAAUCCAAAAUAUAAAUAUUUAUAGACAUUAGAUUACAUAAUUCAUUUACUUCUUGCUUUCUAAAAAUAAUUUAUUGCAUGGAUAAUAAACUUUAAAUUAUUAUAGAAUUAAUAAAAAUAUUAAAAUAUAAUAUGCACCAUAUGUUUGUGUGUAUGUGGUGCAUAUUAUUCUAAAAAUAACAAUCUCAUACAUAUUAAGAAAAUUUCUCAUGAGUCAUGACUCACGAACACCCUCAUUGGUGGACAAGUCGUGGCCUACGUAGACACGCUCUUGAAUCUAAAGCUGCCGGAGGAGAAGCGGAAUCUCAACGACGGCGAGAUUGUUAGCCUGGUAAGCGAAUUCCUCAGCGCCGGGACCGAUACUACCUCCACCGCGCUGCAGUGGAUCAUGGCGAAUCUGGUCAAGCACCAUUCAAUCCAAGAGAAGCUCUACCGAGAAAUAUCAUCCGUGAUGGGUCCGCCGCCGGGGAAAAUCCCCGACAACGACGGGCUCUCCGUCGUCGGAGAGGAAGAUUUAACAGGGAUGCAGUAUCUGAAAGCAGUGGUACUGGAAGGUCUGAGGCGCCACCCGCCCGGCCACUUCGUGCUUCCGCACGCGGUGUCGGCGGAGGCGGAGCUCGGCGGGUACACGAUCCCGAAGAACGCGACGAUAAACUUCAUGGUGGGGGAGAUGGGGCUGGACCCGAAUGUGUGGGAUGACCCGAUGGAGUUUAAACCCGAGAGGUUCUUAAAUACGGCGGGUAAUAAAGACGAGAUGUUUGACUUAACGGGGAGCAGAGAAAUAAAGAUGAUGCCAUUCGGGUCGGGUAGGAGAAUGUGUCCGGGUUGGGGGUUGGCCAUACUGCAUUUGGAGUAUUUUGUGGCAAAUCUGGUUUGGCAUUUUGAGUGGAAGGAAGAUGAGGGUGAAAAGUGAACUAAUUAUAUGUGGGGGGAUCACCAGUAAUUAAUCAAACAUUACCAUAUUCCAUGUAAGAGGCUAACUCCGACGAGACGGCACAACUGAGACAAACUCCUAUCAAAGAAGCUAAGAUCAUUAUUAUCCAAGACAACUUAAUUUUUUCAGCAUUCAUUUUUUUCGUUUUUCAUAUUUAAUUCACUUAUGACUCCACUAAUGAUUAAGUCUAAUAUAAUUCACUCUAGCCCUGUCUAACCCUGACUCUCAAAUCCGCCCCUAUGUACAGGGUUAACUUAGUUGGAAUACUCCCUAAAAGAAACGAAACACAUAAUGACUUAGAUCAUUAGAUUUCUAUAUCUGUCCCCUAUGUGUGGGAGAGUUAAUCUACUUGUGAGAAGAUCUACAUUUGGAAUAGUUGGGUUUAACGCAACCAGCUUAGCAUUCUCGUGGUCGGCCCUUGUGAGGUAUUCCGGCGGAUUCAUAUGCAACGUAACAAACCCUAAGGCCUUGUUUGGUUCAAAGGAGGGGAGGGAAGGGGAGAGUCAAUGAGGGAAGGGAAGAGGAAGGAUUUUGAUAAAGAUUUGUGUUUGGUUGGAGGAAAUAGGAGGAAAGGUAUUUUCUCAAUUUACCUUUACUUGAUAGUUUACUUAACAAAAUAGAUACAUCUCUAACUAUGGUGAAUAUUACUCCUAUGGUCAUGAGUCAUAAUAUUUUUUUUUUUACUUUUUUAAUUUUAUAAAUUUUUAAUUUUUUAACUUUUAAUUUUUUAAAUAUUUAAUUUUUUUAGUUUUUUAAUUUUUUAAUUUUAAAAUUUCAAUUUUUAAAUUUUUUAUUUUUUAAUUUUUUUAAUAUCUUGUUAUUUAAUUUUUAUUCUUUAAAAUUUUAAUAUUUUUUAUUUUUCAAAACUUUUUAUUUUUUACCUUUUUAUAUUAUAACAUUUUGUCUAUUCACGUAGGAGAUGAAUAUAGUUUGUGGUUAUCAACGCGUUUCCUCCGAAAUACCCCGAUUUGGGGGGUUUAGUAUCGGAGGAAGUGGAGGAUUUUGGAAGUCUUCCACUUUUCUCCCCUUCCCCCUAUUUCCUUCAACCAAACACGCACAAAUCCCCCACUUUCCUCCCCUCCAAAAACCUCCAACCAAACAGGGCCUAAAGGAAAUGAAAAACUUGAUGACUUCCUUAGAAGUGGCAAUAUCAAAUGGCGCCACAAAGGAGGAAGACCCAACCUUUGACAUAUAUAGCGGGAGAAGCGGAGGUGCAUGAAAAAGAAGAUCCAAAUGAUGGAAAUAUGGUAUUGGAUGAACCAAAAAACGGGAUAGAACUGAUAAGAUGAGUGACAAAGAGACUAGAUUGAUCAUGUUUGGUUUAUGUGCUCCUUUAGGACUAGCGAGUCAAAUUGUUCUUAAUUUGAGUGAUUUUAAGCUAUAUCCGAGGUUCAUGAUCAGGUAAUAUGUUUUUGUCUACUUAAUUUCAAGUGAUAUAAAUAUAUAAUACUUCGUAUAAGUCAUUUACAAUAAAGAAAAAAAUGAUUAUAUUUAUACAUUUCGACAGUACAAAGUAUAAUGAUCGGAAACAAAGCCGCCACGACACUGUCACAUUGAUUGCUUGAUAAUAAAGGAAAAGGAGACACCAUGUAUCCAGAGUCCAGACCCGCCAGGGCGUGUUUUCAGAAUGC